UGAGAGCAGUGGAGCUCUUAGACGUCAUUUAUUCACAAUGACAUGAAUAUAUGACUGGGAAGACAUCAUAAACUAGAUUCAGAAAGGGCCACAAAUAGUGGACGAGCUGGUGAGUGGAAAGAUAUGUGGUGGAGAGGGAAGGUUGGUGGUGGCCUGCCCUAUAUGGAGUAUGGAGAUGGCAGAGUGGUGGAGAGGGAAGGCUGGUGGUGGCCUGCCCUAUAUGGAGUAUGGAGAUGGAAGAGUGGUGGAGAGGGAAGGCUGGUGGUGGCCUGCCCUAUAUGGAGUAUGGAGAUGGAAGAGUGGUGGAGAGGGAAGGCUGGUGGUGGCCUGCCCUAUAUGGAGUAUGGAGAUGGCAGAGUGGUGGAGAGGGAAGGUUGGUGGUGGCCUGCCCUAUAUGGAGUAUGGAGAUGGAAGAGUGGUGGAGAGGGAAGGCUGGUGGUGGCCUGCCCUAUAUGGAGUAUGGAGAUGGAAGAGUGGUGGAGAGGGAAGGCUGGUGGUGGCCUGCCCUAUAUGGAGUAUGGAGAUGGCAGAGUGGUGGAGAGGGAAGGUUGGUGGUGGCCUGCCCUAUAUGGAGUAUGGAGAUGGCAGAGUGGUGGAGAGGGAAGGCUGGUGGUGGCCUGCCCUAUAUGGAGUAUGGAGAUGGCAGAGUGGUGGAGAGGGAAGGCUGGUGGUGGCCUGCCCUAUAUGGAGUAUGGAGAUGGCAGAGUGGUGGAGAGGGAAGGCUGGUGGUGGCCUGCCCUAUAUGGAGUAUGGAGAUGGCAGAGUGGUGGAGAGGGAAGGCUGGUGGUGGCCUGCCCUAUAUGGAGUAUGGAGAUGGCAGAGUGGUGGAGAGGGAAGGCUGGUGGUGGCCUGCCCUAUAUGGAGUAUGGAGAUGGCAGAGUGGUGGAGAGGGAAGGCUGGUGGUGGCCUGCCCUAUAUGGAGUAUGGAGAUGGCAGAGUGGUGGAGAGGGAAGGCUGGUGGUGGCCUGCCCUAUAUGGAGUAUGGAGAUGAAACACUUUCUACUGUAUACCGAGGAGAGACGACGCUGAAACAAGAUGUCAGGAAUGUAAUGGUAAUGCUUCUACUAACACUCAAAUGGCCGAGCUUGGAGACAGAACAACAUCUCAGCUGCAUAACGUGGCCGAUCAGUAACAGUAUCUACAAACACCACAAAUGAAACACUCCUGGCUCCCUUUCAUGGAACGUGAAUGGUGUGAUGUGGGGCGGCAGGGUAGCCUAAUGGUUAGAGCGUUGGACUAGUAACCGAAAGGUUGCAAGUUCGAAUCCCCGAGCUGACAAGGUACAAAUCUGUCGUUCUGCCCCUGAACAGGCAGUUAACCCACUGUUCCUAGGCCGUCAUUGAAAAUAAGAAUUUGUUCUUAACUGACUUGCCUAGUUAAAUAAAGGUAAAAAAAAAUAAAAAUAAAUGUCUGGGGAGAAGAGACCACAAUCCCAAUCAUAUACUUCACGAGAAGCAAUCAGGAGAUAUCAAGUACUCAACAACAUUUCCCUGAAACAAGUAGCUCGCUGUGUUGAGUUAAUAUCACCACACACAAAGCAAAUUAGAGGUUACACUGUCAAAAUCAUCUACUAGCAAAAGCAAAGACGACUAUGUAAUACACAAGAUGUGAAUCAGUAAUGUCACAUGCAAAGCAGCCUGUUGUAUUAUAGCAGCCAGUAGCCAAAGAGCACGAAAACAGUGACAGAGACAGAUCUCCAGAAGACGGGGAA